UCUCUCACCUACUAUAAGAAACAACUCUCUCUAAUCAGUGGUAAUCAGCAAAAUGGGAAAUGAAAACAGAGAACUUUAUCAUGCAAGUACCUCUACCUUGCUUUCCUUACCUCUGAUUUGAUGGCGCAUUCUCCUGCCAUUGAUCCAUGACAAUCUCUGCACCGCUCAGAAACACGAACAGUGAACACACACAGGGAGAAAAAAAGAGAGAGAGAUGAAGGAGUCAUCUCUGCCUUACAUCUCUGGGAGGCGGAGCAACAGCUUCCGCGCCUCAGUGACGGAGGGCGCAGGGGACGGCGUUUCCAAGUCUCCGGCGUUUCUCUUCUGGCUUCUUCUCUAUGGUCUCUGCUGCAUCCUCAGCCUUGUCCUCGGGUUUCGCUUCUCCAGGCUGCUUUUCUAUCUCCUGUUCUCCGCCACCGCCACCACCAGCAGGCUGUCCACUGCUACCAUUCCCCCAACUACCGGUAGCGUCCACAUUAAGCCGUUGCUCGACCUCCGGUUGAACAGGUUACCGGCAUUCUCGUCUCCGCCGCCUCCAUCCCCUCCACCACCGCCGGCGAGGAGCAAGGUGGUGGUCGGCCGUCAUGGGAUCAGGAUCCGGCCGUUUCCCCAUCCGAAUCCGGAAGAGGUGAUGAAGGCUCACGCGAUUAUUGAUUGGGUUCAGGCGGAGCAGAGCAGGGUCUACGGUGUGAAGGAUCGGAGGCGAGUGGUUGUGAUCACCCCAACAUACGUCCGAACAUUCCAGACGGUGCAUCUAACCGGUUUGAUGCAUACACUGAUGCUCGUUCCGGGGGAGCUUGACUGGGUAGUCGUGGAGGCCGGCGGCGCCACCAACGAGACCGCCUCGUUGCUCGCGGAUAGCGGGCUGAACAUCUUCCAUGUGGGCUUCAACGAACAGAUGCCGCUUUCUUGGGAGGAUAGGCAUCGAACGGAGGCCCGGAUGCGUCUUCGUGGCCUUAGAGUUGUAAGGGAGCAGAGAUUGGAUGGUAUCGUGAUGUUCUGCGACGAUAGCAACGUGCACAGUUUGGAACUGUUUGAUGAAGUUCAAUCGGUUAAGUGGAUGGGUGCUCUCUCUGUUGGGAUACUUGCUCUCCCUGGUCAAUUGGAAAGAGAGAAUGGCGAUGUAAAAAGGAAUGUUGGGGUUCCGAACAAGGAAGAGGAGAGUAAUUUACCUCUGCCUGUUCAAGGCCCAUCCUGCAACUCUUCCCGCCAGUUGGUCGGCUGGCACGUCUUCAGUUCCCUCCCUCCGCGCGUUGACGAUGGUGCUACUGUGUUGCCUAGGACGCUUGAAUGGGCCGGAUUUGUUAUGAACUCGAGGUUGGUAUGGAAGAUUGGUGAUGAAGAGGAGGAUGGAAGACCGAAUUGGAUGAAGGAUUUGGAUGAAAUCAGUGAAAAUGGGGACGAGUUGGAGAGCCCAUUGUCGCUUUUGAAGGAUGCAUCUUUCGUUGAACCGCUUGGCAAGUGCGGACGCAAGGUCAUGCUAUGGUGGCUGCGAGUAGAGGCUCGUGCAGACAGCAAAUUCCCACGAGGGUGGAUAAUUGGCCAUCCUCUGCAGAUCACUGUGCGGGCGAAGCAUACUCCCUGGCCCGAUAUGCGUCCUGAAGUGGUAACAGCUUCUACUCAAAGGAAGGGGAUAAUUGGAGAUCAUGCUGCGAAGCAUAAAGCUCCAAGAACAACAAGGCGUGCGGCGUGCCUCCCAUGCUAGGAGAAAGCGUGAGCAGCGAGUAGAUGUACAUCUUCCGAUUGCCUCCAGAUGGCAUGUGGAGAAAAGACUGUAGCCGCUCCCGGUGUAUGCAGUGAAGAUCACAGAAUCCAAGCAUGAUGCACUGUGCAUUUGUACUGCAGCAAUAGCUAAAUGUCUUCUCCAACUGAUCUUUCACCUAGAAGCUCCAUGCCUUCCCACAAAAUCUUUACCAUAUAAGUGAAUAAGAAAAUUGCGUAAGUUGAUCACGUUCCUAAAAUUUUGAAGCUUACUCAAGCUGAAGUUCCCAUUUGGCUUGAACUUUUCAGUUUUCAGGCGUCUGAAAAGUCCAAAAGCAAGUAUCUGCUUCAGAAAUUUUCAAUUCAACGUGCCUGACAGGUAACAUAGAGCAUGUCCUGCCUCAUCUGUGUGCCUGACAGGUAACAUAGAGCAUGUCCUGCCUCGUCUUUGUGCAUUCUUUUUCUUUGUUCCUGUUAAUUCUUGAUUCGAACCUUACUGGGGGUUCGUUCUGUAGUAUGUCACAUAGUUGUAUCAGUUGUAAAUUGUAAUCUGAAGGUUCCUUUCGGGACCUCUUGAUGUGUGAAACCGAUGAUCAUCCGGGAAGUUUUGUUGUCCUGAUUUUGAACAGGUGAGAUAAAUAUGAACAUUUUUAUGUUUCUGUUC